AACAGCAAAGAAAGUUUCCACUUUGAUGCUUAUUUUUUACCACAUGGCAAUGUGAGUCCAUGUCACUUCCCUAUCACCUACCACUGAUAAUUCCAUGCCUUGUUAAUAACCCCAUUUCCCUCUUCUCACAAUUUCAUGUCCCUCCUCUCUUCUCCAAUUCCCUCCAACAACUGGGUCGGUGCCUUUUUCAUUUCAUCAAGUGGUUUUCAGGAGGGGAAUGCUUAUGCUCUGAAAAGCUCCAUUUUUUAUAUCGAAAUAACAGACCCAUUGGCACAUUUGAGGAAUCCCACAAACCAAAAUCAUAUUUUGACAAUGGGGUUUUGCUGGGCAUGUGCCAGUGGGUUCACAUCCAAGAGAAUUCUGAGUGCAUAAGAGAUCUAGUGUUUAAGUGGAUUCAGGGUCUCAAAAGAGGCUGCAGAAAACUCUGAGAAGGAUUUAGGUUGUCAGCAGUUUCUCUCUUUAAAUCUCUGCCAAGUUGCUGGAUUGUCACAGCUACAAAUGGCGUCUGAUCUAAGUUCGGGGUUGUCCAAACAAACGUCUGUUUUUGGGUUGAAAGCAUGGGAAUUAAUGGGGAUAAUAGUUGGGUUGUUCAUUAUAAUCAUUCUUGUGGUGAUAUCAAUAUGUCUUACUUCAAGAAAGAAAUCUAGAAGAGUCAAUGGCAUGCUUCCCCUCAGCCAUAUGUUAUCUGUUUCCGAAGAGAUCAAGGAAAUUAGAGUUGAUCAGGUCUCAUCCAAUAAUCAUCCUCAGAAUGGAGCUUUUAUGAGUUUGUAUGACAGGUUUAGCGAUAAGGACUCUGAAAAGGUUUUGAUCCAUGCAAAGAAUGGGGAAAAUAGCAGUCAAUCAGGCUCAUUUGUUCAUCUUAAGAAAGAUGAUGGCUCUCAAUCAGGUGAAGAAAGUGGUGCUAAGUCUGUUUCCACUUACAGGUCUUCUUCGCAUCCUAUAACUGCGCCAUCCCCCUUGUCUGGUCUACCUGAAUUCUCUCACCUUGGUUGGGGACACUGGUUUACAUUAAGGGACCUAGAACUUGCAACAAACAGGUUUUCAAAAAGCAAUGUUAUUGGUGAAGGUGGAUAUGGAGUUGUUUAUCAAGGCCAGCUAAUCAAUGGGAGUCCUGUGGCUGUUAAGAAGCUACUCAAUAAUCUAGGACAAGCUGAAAAGGAAUUUAGAGUGGAAGUUGAGGCUAUUGGUCAUGUGCGGCACAAGAACUUGGUUAGACUUUUGGGCUAUUGCAUUGAAGGCACUCACAGGUUGUUGGUUUACGAGUAUGUUAACAAUGGAAAUUUAGAGCAAUGGCUUCAUGGAGCUAUGCGGCAGUAUGGUUUUCUUACUUGGGAUGCUCGGAUUAAAAUUCUUCUUGGAACAGCUAAAGCGCUGGCUUACUUGCAUGAGGCAAUUGAGCCAAAAGUUGUACAUAGAGAUAUUAAGUCGAGCAAUAUUCUAAUUGAUGAUGACUUCAAUGCCAAAAUAUCUGACUUUGGUCUGGCUAAGUUACUAGGUGCUGGAAAAAGUCACAUCACAACUCGAGUAAUGGGUACUUUCGGAUAUGUGGCUCCAGAAUAUGCAAACUCUGGAUUACUAAACGAGAAAAGUGAUGUUUAUAGCUUUGGAGUAUUGCUCCUUGAAGCAAUUACCGGAAGAGACCCAGUGGAUUAUAGCCGACCUGCAGCUGAGGUAAAUUUGGUCGACUGGCUCAAGAUGAUGGUUGGGAAUAGGCGUGCAGAAGAGGUGGUGGACCCUAACAUUGAGACCAGGCCAUCAACAAGUGCCCUUAAACGUGCACUUUUGACUGCUUUGAGGUGUGUUGAUCCAGAUUCUGAGAAAAGACCAAAGAUGAGUCAAGUUGUCCGCAUGCUUGAAUCAGAGGAAUAUCCCAUACCCCGAGAGGAUCGAAGACGCCGAAAGAGUCAGGCAGGGAAUAUGGAGCUGGAGAGCCAGAAGGAGACUUCUGAUACAGAAAAGAGUGACAAUCCAGACUCUAAGUCCAAUGGCAGAAGGAACCAAAGGAAGUAGAGCCAUGAAUAUGAAAGCUAAAGGUACGAAUUCCAGGAUAAGGUACACCAUUGAAGGGAAAUUUUUGCAUUGUUUUGAGCUUGAGUUUGGAUAACUGCCACGGUUGACAUCAAAGACAUGGAACAGGAACGAGAUACUUUGGGAUGGUUUGUAUACCUAUUUUGUUGUUAUAGCAUAGAUGUAGAUGAUAGGAUGUAGAUUAUUAUUGUGUAUUAAUGUGGGAUUAAAAAGAUCCUUUACACUAUUGUGUACAGCUCAUUGCUAUUCAUACAUUCCCUUUGUCAUUUUAUUUGUUUCACCACUUGUUAGGAUCAUGAAGGAAUUGAUGUUUCCUUGUGUAAGAUGACAAGAAAAAAAUACCAAAGCGUGAAAGACAAAAGAUGUGGUUAUUGUCUAUAAUUACAGUGAUGAAUUUCUUGAUUA